UGGACGGAAAUGGCUGCAAAGAAAGACUUUCUGUUUGUUGGUGUUCUAUUUUUCUUUGUGUUUUGUAUUUUUUCGUGGAAGUACUCAAUAAUAGGUGUGAAGGAUGCAGUGACGUUAGCUGGUCGUGCACUGUUGAUUCUUGCUGUUUUCACAUGGAUGAGCUCCUGGUUAUUCCCAAAGAUAAAAUCUUACCUGUUUCCAGCAAGUCCAGCAACAUUAGAAGGUCCCGUUGAAGAUGCAAAUGCUUUAAGUGCAUUAAAGCAGACAAAAGCAAGAAUUGAGCAACAGCAUCACCACACUGUUAAGUCAGAUGCUUACAAUGAGGCAGUGCUGAAGCCUAGACAGGAGGCAGUGCUCAGAAGGAAACAGGAAGAUUUCUAUCGUAUGACUGGACAGAGCUGGAAGCUUAGCCAGGGCUUUACUCUAGGAGGGGAGGGCGACUUGGAGGAGAAUCCAGAAAAGAAUGAGACCCCUAACCAGGAAGCUGCAAAGAAGCGAAAGGAGCUAGAGAUGCCACAUCGAGCUUCUGUUCAAACAGAGCUUCCUAAAGAAAAGAAGAUCAUAGUCUUACCUGAUGAACCUUCAGAAAAUGAAGAUGGGGUUGUAAAAAUUGCACUAAGAUGUCCAAGUGGAAAAAUAAUCAGAAGACGCUUCUUUAAAACCUGCAGUUCUACAGUUCUGUUAGACUGGUUGCACAAGUCUGGAUACUCCCCCAUUCUGUACUCUCUGUACACAUCGUACCCCAGACGCCCACUGCUCAUGCAGAAAGAUCUCAGUAUAACAGAAGCUGGAAUUACUGCACACACAACACUCAACGUGGAGGAAAAAGACCCAAGCAACACAUAAUACCUUACCCAGAUACUGUAUGCAUAUAAUGCACAUUUUCCUAUCUGCUAUAGGAAUGUUAUAUACAAAUAAUAUUUCCAUAGAUUUUUAAAUUGUACAGAUUUAAAUCAGGGGGUGCAAUCAUGAUUAUUUUUAAGUAAACACUGUGGGGUGCAGCUUAGGUACCUGGCCAGGCGUCCAUACAAACACAAUUGGUCGUGAUUGAGAAAGGGGAGGUUGGACUGGUAUGGGUCUGCAUGGGUCGAGGGGUGUUAGGGGUGAGAAGUCACACGGAGCAUAGCAUGGCCAACAGGUAAUAAGAGGCAGCCUCAGACUGGACAGAUUUUGAUAGGGCCAUGUGGUGAUUUGGCUUUUCUCGAUCAGAUCCUGGGUGGUGCACGCAGCAACAGAUUCACAGCUGGAAAUGGGAAAUGACUAAAUGGGGAGAUAAAAGGGAAAAGAUAAAUAAGCACUGGCCAAUGAAGCGUCUUUAAAGAGUCAAAUAAUUACAGAUUGUUAGUUUUCAUAAUAAACUAAACCACUCAAUUUUUAAAAUAAAAAUGUCUUCUUUUUUUUUUUUAAAUACCCUGCCCAUUUUUUAAGAGAUAUAUUUAUAAUAAAAAGACUGGUCACAUUCCUAUUUGGAAUCUUUUGCAUGAGAAGAAUGGGCGAAGAUUUCACAAAAGGGGUGUCAGAAGCUCAUACGGACUUACCAAUUUCUGAUCAGAAGUUAUUGAGGUAAAAGGAUGUUCCACCAAGUACUGAGGCUGGGGAGUUAAACCGUAGUGCACAUGGACAAUUGUCAAGAGAGCUCGAUAUUUUCGAAGUGCCAACUUUUUCAAAAUUGCUUGUAUAUCAAUAUAUUACUUUCUGUUUA